AUGUUCUUGAUUUUUCAUGGGGAUGAACUGGAAGCGACAUUUGACGAGGUGAAUGUGGUAAAUGUGCUGGACAGCGAAGACACAACGAACUUGCGAUUAAUUGGUAGACCGGAUCUCGGCGUUACGUUUACCAAGAUAUACUGCUGGAGGCUCACGCAGUACACCAAAUGCGUCUUCUUAGACGCUGAUUGCCUUGUGUUGCAAAAUGCGGAUGAGCUGUUCGAGCACGAUGAGUUAUCAGCGGUGGCCGAUAUUGGCUGGCCGGACUGCUUCAAUUCUGGAGUUUUCGUAUACCAGCCAUCCGAGCAAACAUAUCUCAACAUUUUGAACUUCGCCAUGGAGAUUGGCUCGUUCGAUGGUGCUCGUUUACCAGUUAUUUCGAAAUUUCAAAUGCACUUUGUUUGUUUGUCUGUACUUUAA